AUGGUGAAUGAAGAAGAUGUGGAGAAGGUGAAUGUGUUGAUUGAAGAUCUAGUGAAGAAGAUUGAUGAUAUGGAGAAGGUGAAUGAGAAGGUUGGGGAAGAUGUGGUGAAAGAGAAGAUUGACGAAGACAAGGAUGUGGAUCUGUUUAUGGAGAAGGAUGAGAUUGAGGAUCUGGUGAAGAAGAUUGAUGAUGUAGAGAAGGUGAAUGAGAAGAUUGAGGAAGAUCUGGUGAAUGAGAAGAUUGAGGAUGUGGUGAAGGUGAAUGAGAAGAUUGAGGAUCUAGUGGUGGAGAAGGUGGAUGUGGUGGUGGAGAAGGUGGAUGUGGUGGCGGAGAAGGUGGAGGAUGUGAAGGAUGAGGAUGUGGUGGUGAAGGAUGAGGAUUUGGAGAAUGAUGUGGUGCCGAAGGAUGAGGAUCUGGAGAAGGAUAAGAUUGAGGAUCUAGUGAAUAAUAUUAAUGAUGUGGAGAAGGUGAAUGAGAAGAUUGAGGUGAAUCUGGUGAAUCAGAAGAUUGAUGAUGUGGUGAAAGUGAUUGAGAAGAUUGAGGAGGAUCUGGUAAAUUAG